CAUGUGGAUUCCAAGCAGGCUAAAAAGAAAAAGAACUGAUUAGACCUCAGACGACCCACUAAACGGGAUGACGGCCACAGCUGAGGUAGAGACACCAAAAAUGGAGAAGAGUGCCUCCAAGGAAGAGAAGCAGCAGCCUAAGCAGGACAGCACAGAGCAGGGCAAUGCUGAUUCUGAAGAGUGGAUGAGCUCUGAGAGUGACCCUGAACAGAUAAGCCUUAAGAGUAGUGACAACAGCAAGAGCUGCCAACCUAGGGAUGGUCAGUUGAAGAAAAAGGAGAUGCCCUCCAAGCCACACCGCCAGCUCUGUCGAUCUCCCUGCCUAGAUCGUCCAAGUUUCUCCCAGAGCAGCAUUUUACAGGAUGGUAAACUUGACUUGGAGAAGGAAUACCAAGCUAAGAUGGAGUUUGCGCUAAAGCUGGGCUAUGCAGAGGAACAGAUUCAAUCAGUGCUAAACAAGCUGGGCCCAGAAUCACUUAUUAAUGAUGUAUUGGCAGAGCUUGUCAGACUUGGGAACAAAGGUGAUUCAGAAGGGCAGAUCAACUUGAGCCUGUUAGUGCCUCGUGGGCCUAGCUCCAGAGAGAUUGCAAGCCCUGAAUUGUCUCUUGAAGAUGAAAUAGACAACAGUGACAAUUUGAGGCCAGUUGUCAUUGAUGGAAGCAAUGUGGCAAUGAGCCAUGGGAAUAAAGAAGAAUUCUCCUGCAGAGGAAUACAACUUGCGGUGGAUUGGUUUCUAGAUAAAGGCCAUAAAGAUAUUACUGUAUUUGUGCCUGCAUGGAGAAAGGAGCAAUCCCGCCCUGAUGCACCAAUUACAGAUCAAGAUAUUCUACGAAAACUGGAGAAGGAAAAGAUUCUCGUCUUCACACCAUCCCGAAGAGUCCAAGGCAGGAGGGUUGUCUGCUAUGAUGACCGGUUCAUAGUCAAACUGGCUUUUGAUUCUGAUGGCAUCAUUGUGUCCAAUGAUAACUACCGAGACCUUCAAGUUGAAAAGCCAGAAUGGAAGAAGUUUAUAGAGGAGCGGUUGCUGAUGUAUUCUUUUGUGAACGACAAAUUUAUGCCUCCAGAUGAUCCAUUAGGACGCCAUGGUCCAAGCCUUGAAAAUUUCUUAAGAAAGAGACCCAUUGUUCCUGAGCAUAAGAAGCAACCAUGUCCUUACGGCAAAAAAUGCACCUACGGCCACAAGUGCAAAUACUACCAUCCGGAGCGGGCCAACCAACCCCAGCGUUCGGUGGCUGAUGAGCUCCGCAUCAGUGCCAAACUGUCCACAGUGAAAACUAUGAGUGAAGGCACCCUGGCCAAGUGUGGCACAGGGAUGUCUAGUGCCAAAGGUGAGAUAACCUCAGAGGUCAAACGUGUGGCCCCCAAGCGCCAAUCAGAUCCCAGCAUCCGGUCUGUGGCUGUGGAGCCUGAGGAAUGGCUGUCCAUUGCCCGUAAGCCUGAGGCUAGUUCUGUCCCCUCGCUUGUGACUGCCCUAAGUGUUCCCACAAUCCCACCCCCAAAAAGCCAUGCAGUGGGUGCACUCAACACCCGUUCGGCCAGCAGCCCAGUGCCAGGAUCCUCCCAUUUCCCCCACCAGAAGGCCUCUUUGGAGCAUAUGGCCAGCAUGCAGUAUCCUCCCAUCCUGGUUACCAACAGCCAUGGGACCCCUAUUAGCUAUGCUGAGCAAUACCCAAAGUUUGAAUCCAUGGGGGACCAUGGCUACUAUUCAAUGUUAGGUGACUUCUCCAAACUGAACAUCAACAGCAUGCAUAAUCGAGAGUAUUACAUGGCUGAAGUAGACCGGGGGGUGUAUGCCCGGAAUCCUAAUCUCUGUCCUGACAGCCGUGUGAGCCAUACCAGGAAUGACAACUAUUCCUCUUACAACAACGUGUAUUUGGCUGUAGCUGAUACCCAUCCUGAAGGCAAUUUGAAGCUGCAUCGCUCAGCAUCCCAGAACCGACUUCAGCCUUUUCCUCAUGGUUACCAUGAAGCCUUAACACGAGUGCAGAGCUAUGGCCCAGAGGAUUCUAAGCAAGGCCCCCACAAACAGUCAGUCCCCCACUUAGCUCUGCAUGCCCAGCACCCAGCAACUGGAACACGUUCCAGCUGUCCUGCAGACUACCCCAUGCCUCCCAAUAUCCAUCCUGGGGCAACCCCCCAGCCAGGCCGUGCCCUGGUGAUGACUCGGAUGGAUAGCAUUUCUGACUCCCGCCUCUAUGAGAGCAACCCCGUGAGGCAAAGACGACCUCCCCUGUGCCGGGAACAGCAUGCCAGCUGGGACCCGCUGCCCUGUGCAACUGACUCCUAUGGCUACCACUCCUAUCCCUUGAGUAACAGCCUCAUGCAACCAUGUUAUGAGCCAGUCAUGGUACGGAGCGUGCCUGAAAAGAUGGAGCAGCUUUGGAGGAAUCCUUGGGUUGGAAUGUGCAAUGAUUCCAGGGAGCAUAUGAUCCCAGAGCACCAGUAUCAGACCUACAAGAACCUCUGCAAUAUUUUCCCUUCUAACAUCGUCCUUGCGGUGAUGGAGAAGAAUCCCCACACAGCAGAUGCCCAGCAACUGGCAGCCUUGAUUGUUGCUAAGCUUAGGGCUGCACGUUGAUAUGACAUAGUACUUAUUUCUUUAUACAAAUAUGAAUAUUAAUACUAACAAUACACUAACACAAUAAUUAUAGUAACUAAUAAUUUGUGUUGCGCUUUACAAGUUACAGAGUGUUUAUAUCAUUUAAGCGCAUAACAACCCUGUGAGGUACGUCUUACUAACAUCCUCUUUUAUAGAGAAGGAAGGUGAAGCUCAGUGAAAUUAAGUGGCUAGCCAGGGUCACACUGCUAGCAAAUGACUAAGUCAAGACACACACCCAAGUCCUCUAAAUCUAAGUCCUAUGCCCCUUUGCACUGCACCAUGCAGGUAAUGGAGGACAAAACCCAGGGGGAGAGGUCUAGACGUAAGAAACCCCAGAGGAUUCCAUUACCAGAGUUUUCCUUUUUUUUGUUUCUUUCUUUCUUUUUUCUUUUUUCUUUUUUUUUUUUUUUUUUGAGACAAAGUCUUACUCUGUUACACAGGCUGGAGUGGCACUAUCUCUGCUCACUGCAACCUUCGCCUCCAGGGUUCAAGCGAUUCUAUGACCUCAGCCUCCCAGGUAGCUGGGAUUACAGGCGUGCACCACCAUGCCCGGCUAAUUUUUGUAUUUUUAGUAGAGACGGGGUUUCACCAUGUCGGCCAGGCUGGUCUCAAACUCCUGGCCUCAAGUGAUCCACCCGCCUCGGCCUCCUAAAGUGCUGGGAUUACAGGUGUGAGCCACCGCGCCCAGCCUACCAGAGUUUUCAUAGUCACAUAUUCUAUAUUACAAAGUAUGGAUGAUAUAUCCAAUUUAGAGAGCAAAAGCAUCAGGAUCAGAUCAUAUGUUGAAUUAACCUUUUAGGUUUUUUCUAAUAGAAAUAUUUAAAACUAUUUAAAAGUAAAUGCAUACUUUAUUGCAUGGAUAUCUGAUCAUUCAAUCUUUAUUAACGAAGCUAUAGGGUCACAUUGAAGCUUCUAGAACUAUAUUUUAAAUCUAUUAUUAGCAAUUAUAUUGCAUGUAUGAAUAUAUAUAUUUGGUUUGAGAUGUGUGUGUAUCUCUGUAUAACCUUUUAUAUAGUGAUAAUGAGAGGGUAGGCUCUACACAGUCCUUCGUCUAUAGCUGUAUAGGUCACUAAUCUGACUUGAUGAUUUUAAGUCACAUUUCAUAGUUUCAAGUAGUUAUGAGAGUGAAAAUUAUAUGGCAAUAUUUGAACAUUGCUUUCUUAGGCACCAGAGCAAAGCAGCUCUGUUUCCUUUGCACAUUUUACCUGCCAACAUUUAUUAACAGUUCUUAGCUUCCAAGUCUCUUCACCUUAGCAAAUCAGGGAUCAGGUUGCAGUCUUCUGCAGAGGAACUGAUGGUUAAGCUCAAGUUCCAAGCAUAGUAUGUGUGUGCUACACAAGCUCAGAAGAGUUUGACAAGGACCAGGGGACUUACUACCACAAUCCACUUCCCUUAUCCCAGGAGAGAUGGCCAAACACAUGUGGCAUUAAAUGGUGAAUAAAAAAGCUCCACUCAAGGAGGGACUAUUGGAUGCUCUUUGGACUUCCAACCUAUGCAGUAUUCAACAUCACUGGAUGAAAUGUAAUGGAGGACAGUGCACAGCCAUGUAUCCACUUUCUCUUCCUGUCCACCCUUUGGGUAAUAAGGUCAAUCAUUGGUGGAACAGAAUUUCUCUAGGAAACAAAACCAGGGGAUUUUCUAUGUGGAAAAAGGAAGUUUCCAAAAGGGGAUACUGCAUCUUUACUAAUAGCUGGCUCAGUUAUGCACUUUAAAUCCACGCAAAGAGAGUGCACUUGCUGUUAAAUAAUUGUUAGAUGAGUUACUAGAAGGCAGGACUUUCAGUUUGGGCGACACCAUUUGUGCAACUUGUAUCUUGCUCAGGGUGGAAAACUUCAUAGCUAAAUGCCUCUAGAAGAGGUGUUUAUUGUUUUUUUUAAGCUGCACUAAAUGAAUUCCCUUUUUGAAUCCACUGUAUAUUUCAAUAUUUCAAACCAUGACCAGCUCACUAUUUCCUGAGCUGGAACUUGCUAACUUCUAUGAUCGUUUUUUCAUGAAAGUUGAGAAGGCCGGGCCUUGGCCUUUUGUUUCUUCAUGAGAAGGUGUGACACUGCCUAUAAAUGUUUCUUACUGUGAAACACUCUGAAUGUGAGGCUGUAGUCAGGGUUGUUUCUGGUGGUUUGAUAAUGGCUUGCAUGCUGCUUUCUGGCUUUCUGUCUCUGUCCAAGUUGAUCAAUACUGCAUCUUAACCAAUGUUUCACUUCAGUUAACCACAGCUUUACAUUCUAUCUCCUAUCCUCUGAUCUUCGUAUACCCCAGCAUAUUGAAAAAGAGUAAAAGUAUUUUCUAUCAGGUAGGUCCACAGAGUGACAGUUGCCACUGCAGUGCUUGCUAUUUCACACAAACACCAUUUCAUACCUUCAACUUCUUGGACUUUCUAAAUUGGACCUGUGUCUAAAUCAGGGUAUUUGACAAUCUCAGAUGAUGCUACUGCCUAUGUGCCAGUUAGUUCAUCUUCCUACCAAAAUCGUCAAUGGCACCACAGUAUCCACGAGCUGUACAAUUUACAGGGAAGCACAAGAUUAAUCUUGUCACCUAUAAUUCGUCUUGAACAUGUUCAUAUUUAGUACUCAGAAAACGUGUAAGCUCCUCCCAAUACAGAAAAUUCUUUUAAGGCAGCAUAUGUAUUUCUGAUUUACUAAAAAUGAUUGUCAUCCUCCUCUCAUUCUUCUUUUUGGUAUGAACCAAAAGCGGCUAGGAGCAAUGCCUCAAAUAACCAGAAAUGACCUUUUGUUGAUACAAAUUGUAUCUCUUUUUUUCCUGAUUGUAUAGAAACAAAUGUACAAAACUCAUCUUAAGCUAGGUUUGGCACUGAAUUUUCACCAUGAGGUUUGUGGCACUGUGUGUCACAGGGAAGUAGCUCAGGGGUUGUGAGGGAGCUUUUAUUUCUAAAGGGCAGUAGUAAUUUAUAGACAAAAACAAUUUUUCAAGGCCUCUUUAUUACCAGUGCACAGUUAUCACGUGUACAAUUUCAAGCAUUAUAUUGCAUAAGUUCUCUUUAGCCUAUUAAAUUUAAUAUGUCCUUGAAAAAGGGAUUUUGUGUAAAAAGUGUCAGUGUUAGUGACUCAUCUGCAAGAAUCUAUAAAUGGAGCUAUACAAAUAUGAAUACAUAAAUACAGCAUGGUUCUUAGUUAUUAAAGAAACAUUUUCUUUAUAUUGAGGUCUAGGCACUUCUUGACUUUCCAUUUUGUCUGUAAUUAUAAAACAGCAAGUAACAAAGAAGCAUUGGGACCCCCUCGGCUGCCUUGAUAAUAAAAUCAAGCUUCCCUCAUGGGGCUAAGCAUGUGUCCUUCAGGAUACUUACCUCUAAGCGCUCAGCAGGGGUUACUACAAAGCGUUUUGUGUGGUUUUCAAGAAACAGUGUGUUUUGCAAGAGGUGCUUUGUAAUUUUAAUUAUUUCACUGAUUUUCUGACCUCAUAGCAAGUCUGUGCCUGUUGAGGCCUUCAAUUUUGUAGCUUUUCUGAUUUUUUUUCUUCUUUUUGUGAUUUUGUUGUUUUCAUUUUGAUCUAAAGGAGAAGUGUGACCCCGGAGUGGCAUGGUCAAUCCAGGGCACCCUUUCUGUAAGACAACUCAAAGGAAAAGAAGCCUUUUCAAAGGUAAUAUCGAGCCAUUGCACUCUCUCUUAAGGUGCCAGGUAUGGAAGGGAGAAUGACAGAUGCCUUAUGGAAAUGGUCUACGAAACUUUUCUUCUUCUAAGUAAUAAAGCACAUAGCAUGAUUCUCUCUCCCUCUCUCUCUCUCUCUCUCUCUCUCUCUGCCCACCCCCUGCUAGUUUCCAGGAGAAUACUUCUCUAAAAUUCAUUUUUUUCUAUUUUGGAAUAAAUUAUCUUUAUACAGUAAUUUAAACACUGAUUUCCAUUAACCUUUGGCCCUGAGUUUUCUUCUAACAUAGAAGAAUUCAUUUUGAGAGGCACUCAGUUACCAUUCUAUCUGUGCUGUAAGUAUGGGACUUUGUACAAAUGCCCUUUUUGAGGGCCAAAAAUUUCAAUACACUUUGUUCUACUUUGUGAACCAGGUCUGGAUCUGCACAGAGAAAGUAAUGCUGAGCUGUCGAGUCCGCUCAGGUCUCCCUCCUAACCCUCCUCUGCCUUCCCCUAGUUUGUUUAUCCUCAGGUCUGACACUGAGGAGUGCGUAGUCUUCAACUGAAAUGGCACUAUAGUUAGUUCUCAUUGGAAACAAACAAGUGUAUUUCUGGAACCUGCUUGUCUAAAAUAGCCAAUGCCUUUGUAAAGACAGCAUAUUCAAUAUCUAUUGUAUGGUAGCUAGCUAUAUACAUAGAUUGACUAUUUUUAGUCCUGGUUUGUGUAUUGUUGAGCUAUAGUAGUUUGCUUUAUCCAUUUGUGGGAUUAAACAAUACUGUUUAUUGGUUGUAAACUUUUAUAAAAUCUCUUUGGGUUUUUUGUUUGACCCAAAUAUAAUGUAAGUCUCAAUGACAAAAUACACAAAGUUAACCAGAGGUGAGUGAAAAUAUAGCCCUUCCCCAGUUUUGUCUGUCCCUAUAAUGCACGUGCAUUGCUUUGUAAUAUGCUCUCACUAGCAUGAAUGUGCUAUGACUACUUCAUGAGGUUUUAAUUUGUUUCACCUAUCAUUGUGAUGGAAAAUGCUGUAUCGCUGACAACAAUGAACUGUAACCAGUUAUUUACUGCAUAAACUAUUUGUCUACUGACCA